AUGGAAGAUAAGAAUAUCUCCACCGUUAAAUCAAGUUCAAUUAGAACCGGAAUUUAUCGUUCCAAUUCCGCCCAUUAUGCACUUUCAAUUGCAAACUCAAGAAUUAUCAAUUAUGAUGAAAAGGGGAACCCUUUAUCAUUCGAUGAUUCCACUGAACCAUUUGAUCCAGAAACCCUUGAACGGGGGUUGAAAUCUAGACAUGUCCAACUUAUUGCCUUAGGUGGUUGUAUAGGUACCGGUCUUUUCGUCGGUACUGGGUCCGCCUUAUCCACUUGUGGUCCUGCUCCAUUACUCAUAUCUUAUAUGAUUAUGACUACAAUUAUAUUUUUCGUUAUGAAUAUGCUUGGAGAAAUGACCACGUUCUUACCCUUACCUGGUAAUGGCCCUCAAGCGUUUGUUUCCAACUAUUUUGAUCCUUCCUUGGGGUUUGCUACGGGUUGGAAUUAUUGGUAUACAUUUGCCAUUUUAAUUGCUGCUGAAGUUACUGCUGCUGCCAUCGUGAUUGAAUAUUGGAUAACCUCGGUCAAUUUAGCAGUUUGGAUUACCAUACUUUUAGCAAUUGUAGUUGUUAUGAAUUUUUCUGGAGUUAAAUAUUUCGGUGAAGCUGAAUUUUGGUUUGCCUCUUUGAAAUUGAUUGGAAUCACUGGUUUAAUUAUUGUUGGAAUUGUUAUAUUUUUCGGUGGUGCUCCAACCCACGAUAGACUUGGUUUCAGAUAUUGGAAAACCCCAGGAGCUUUCCAUGAUCAUUUAGUAGCUGGGAACACUGGUCGUUUCUUAGGGGUGUGGACUGCGUUGGUCAAAUCCGGAUUCGCCUUUAUUUGUUCUCCUGAAUUGGUUUCUGUUUGUGGUGCUGAAUCAGUGUCUCCUCGUAGAAAUAUCCCCAAGGCUGCCAAUAGAUUUAUUUAUAGAUUGGCAUUUUUCUACGUCUGCGGUACUUUGGUUAUUGGUGUUAUCGUUCCAUACAACAAUGCGAGAUUAAUGCAAGGUGGUUCUGAUGCUAGUGCCUCACCAUUUGUCAUUGGGAUUAAAAAUGCUGGUAUUCCAGUAUUGGACCAUAUCAUUAAUGCGGUGAUUUUAACUUCGGCAACAUCUGCUAGCAAUUCAUAUUUAUACUCGGCAUCAAGAAUCUUAUACGGAUUGGCAAGAAACAAUCAAGCACCCAAAAUAUUUACCAAGGUUAACAGAAUGGGUGUCCCAUACUAUGCGGUUGGAAUGUCAUCUCUUUUUGGAUUAUUGGCUUACUUAAACAUUUCUUCUGCUUCUUCGAAUGUUUUCACUUGGCUCUCAAACAUGUGUACCACAUCAGGAUUCAUUGCAUGGUUAUGUCUCUGCAUGGCAUAUAUUCGUUGGAGAAAGGCAAUUGACUAUCAUGGACUUUCAGACAGAGUCACUUAUCGCACCAUUUUGCAACCAUAUGGUGCUUAUUAUGUGUUUGGGUUCAUCUUUGUCUUAACUUUGACAAAUGGUUACGCCGUGUUUUUUGAUUUCAAUGCUGCUGAUUUCGUGGCUGCUUACAUCACUUUCCCUAUAUUUGCUGCUCUCUACUUUGGCCACAAGGCAUACAACUAUUUUGUUAAUGGUCAUAAAACUUGGGCUAACCCUCUUGAAAAAAUCGAUUUGUUCACAGGUUUGGACUUGAUUGAAGAAGAGGCUGCAAAUGAUCCGGAAAGAAUUCCUAAUGGAUUUUUACAGAAAAUUUGGUACUGGAUUGCCUAA